CUUUCAUUUAACUUGUAUGAAAAGAUUUCUCAGAAAUUCUCUUCUCUUCUUCAUACUUUUCCUACAUCUGCAAUCUCACUCUCAUUCUUCCAUACCAAAGAGGCAAAAGGAAUACGAGAAGGAAAGAAACUGUGAUGGAUUCGGAGAAGAUGAUUCCACUCGAAGGGCGGAGAGACGACCCACUCCGAUACGGAAUCCACGGCGUGAAGAGUGAUAUUAUUGAACCUCACCCGCUUGAAUCUGCCUAUCGCUCUUCGAAGGUGAGGCAAGAAGAAAUGAAGAAGAAAAUUUUGAUGAAUACUUACGGAGCGGCGUUUCCAAUUAAGAUGGAGCUCGAUCGACAGAUUCUCUCGAAAUUUCAAAGACCUCCUGGAGUUAUACCCUCUUCAUUUGUGGGUUUAGAGGCCAUGAAUGGAACUUUGGAAAGUUUUGGUUUUGGAGACUACCUCAAUGAUCCUAGGGAGUCUGAAUCAUUUCGUCCAGUAGACAUGCAUCAUGGCAUGGAAGUGCGUCUUGGCCUUUCAAAAGGACCACCACAACCCAGUUUCAUGUGAAGCAUUCAGCAACCAGCAGCCCGACUUCAAGUAUAUUGUUGGUUGAGCGUCUUUUCUGUAAUACAACCAAUGUGAUCUGUAUUCGACAUAUUUGGCUAAUCAAAGAACACCAAUCCCUCAUAGUUGAUUGGAUGUUGUUCAACUUUGUUUCUUGCA